GCUGAGCGAAUAACGCUCGGGAAGGGGAAGCGGGCGCAGGCUCGCCCUCUGGGGUCGACUUUCUAGGCUGCGCUGGGCCAAAGGUUCGGCGGUCCCAGAGCUGCCAUGUCGUUCUGCAGCUUCUUCGGGAACGAGGUUUUCCAGAACCACUUUGAGCCAGGCAUCUAUGUGUGUGUCAAGUGUGGCUAUGAACUGUUCUCCAGCCGUGCAAAGUAUGCACACUCAUCCCCGUGGCCGGCAUUCACGGAGACCAUCCAUGCUGACAGUGUGGCCAAGCGUUUGGAGAACAGUCGAUCUCAGGCCUUGAAGGUGUCCUGUGGCAGAUGUGGCAAUGGACUGGGCCACGAAUUCCUGAACGAUGGCCCCAAGCCUGGGCAAUCCCGAUUCUGAAUAUUUAGCAGCUCACUGAAGUUCAUCCCUAAAGGCAAAGAAAGUGCUGCCUCCAAGGGGCACUAGGCUGGCCGCCACACCUACCCCGGAUGUUUGUGCACCGUGGGCACACUCUGGCAUCCCACCUGGGCAUUGGAACCCUGGGAAUUCAGAUGGGGAGGCAGAGCAGCAGUGGCUGAGAUACCAGGAAGGUACCCAAGGCCUGGGUUCUGAGCAGGACGGCCUUGGGCAACGCAUAGUUUGCAAUCGUCCACAGUCUUCUAGGAUGGGCCUUGAGGGUGGGGCUGAGCUGCUGACUGUCUUGGCCUCCAGCUCACAGUCUCUGGGCUUAUCUUGUCUUUGAAUGUCAUUGUACCCUCACCUUCUCUUCUCGGCCUGCUGCCCGUUCCCUGGCUGUCUGGAUCCACCCCUGUGGAGCCCUGGUCCUCACUAAGCUUGUGCCCAUUUCCCCCAAGCUGUACUGGGAGGGAAAAUGCAAACAAGGGCCACCUGGCCUGCUACUCCAGCCCUGGUCACUGUAUGAUCCGCUCUGGUUAAAGCCUUCUAAGCCACCCAGGGUGGUGAUGAUUUGUGACCCCUAGAGAGCAGGUUGAUGUGACAGCCUCUUGGACUGUUCAUCUCCUGGUGAGGAGUCUGAACCCUGUUUCCCAAUCUGCAGGUACAGCUUGCUUCAUUCGUUCUUGGGAAAGUGGCUGCCGCUCCAUUGCUUCACCAGUGCAGCUGGGGCCCUUCCAGUUCAGAGAUGUCCCUUCCCAAAUGUGGUCACCAUGCCUUGCCAUAUGAGUUCAAAAGCUCUUACCUUCCAGGAGGGUGGGUGAUUCUUAAGCACCCCCCCCCCCCAUCUUUCUGGAAUAAUCAGGUAGAAAAUAAUAAAAAAAAAAAAAAUGAGA